GGGGUGGGGUCACGAGUAAGUCCCGCCCUCGGCGGUUGCUCGGAGUGAGGAGGAGCCGCCCCGGCCGCCGCUGCCGCCGUCUCAGGGAGAGCGCCGGGCCCGAGCUCCCCUCAGAGGCUGCCCGGGCUCCCAGGCCUGGCCUCCGCCGCCAGGCGCAGAAUGGCACAAAAGAAGUAUUUAAUAGCAAAACUGACAAGUUGCUUAAGAGAGGACAAAAUUCAGCUAUGGAAACCACCAUAUACAAAUGAAAAAAAAGAAGCUGGUAAAGAGAUGAAGGAGCUUGUACAAAAAUAUUCUUCCAAGCUGAAUAUCAAUGAGAAUGAUACAGAGAAUAUGCUUGAAGAAAUAAGGUGUAAAGCAAUUGAGCGUGGAACAGGAAAUGAAAAUUUUAAAGUGACUGGGAUUGCAAGACUUGAUAUCUAUCUGCCUCGUAGAAAAAGCAGAAAAAUCCCACUGGAAACUAACCUGCUCAUCACAGGCAAGGAGCUCAGAUCACAGAUAGCACAAGAACAUGCAUUAAAAGAAAAUGCUAUCAAAAUAAUCAUAAAUAAGAAGCAGCUGGACCUGGGCAAAACCCUUGGAGACCAGGGUGUAACACACAAUGCAAAAGUGAUGGUCCUUCAACUGGAACAGAGCGAUGAGGAAACUAAAAGAAAAGUUCAGGAAGAAGAACUUCAACGCAAGAAAGAAAAAGAAAUAAAUGACAAGAUGCAAAGAACUAAGAAGGGUUUGGAAAUUCUAGCAGAGAGAGAGGAGUACUUGGAUCCAGAUUCUGUUCCAUAUCUAGAUAUAGCUAAUCAGACUGGAAGGUCAAUCGAGAUUCCUCCUCAAGCUAAAAAAGCACUUGUGCUGGCCAUGGGUUAUCAUGAGAAGGGCAGAGCAUUAAUGAAGAAGAAAGAAUAUGAAAUAGCACUGCCAUAUUUGUUGGAUGCUGAUAAACACUUCUGUGAGUGCAGCACAGAACUGCUGAAUACCGUUGAUAAUUAUGCAGUACUGCAGCUGGAUAUAGUGUGGUGCUACUUCCGCCUGGAGCAGCUGGACUGCCUGGAUGAUGCAGAGAAAAAGCUGUCCACAGCACACAGAUGCUUCCAGAGGUGCUACGGGGAGAACCAUGAAAGACUUAUUGAUAUCAAAGGAAGCUAUGGUCGUGAGAAGGUUUUAUUUCUCCGGCUUUACCUCCUUCAAGGGAUUGGACACUAUCACAGUGGCAGAGAAAAGGAGGCUGCUGAGUAUAUUCAGAAGGCAUCUCAUUUAUAUGAAGAGCUGUCCAUAGAUCCUGAUAAAGUUUCUCGCCUCUUGCUUCUGGGAUUCUCCGAACAGGAAGCUCGCCUUGCCCUGCGAGCCUGCCAUGGGAAUGUGGAGCACGCUGCCAAUCUUAUCACCAACAGGAGAGAGGAAAAGGCACAGAUAAGGAGGGAGGAGAGAGCUAAAAGAAGGCAGCGACUGGAAGACAUAAACACUUUGAAAAGUAUGGGCUAUUCAGAGCGAGCUGCUCAAGUAGCUCUUCGUAAUACACACGGAAACCUGGACCAAGCCUUUCAGUUUAUUCUUGACAAUCCUGAGUUGUUGUUGGAAGACGAUGAUGAUGAUGAUUCUGUGGCCCUGGACCAGUUUCAGGUUUCCCAGGAAAGUAUUGAUCAACUGAUGUAUAUGGGUUUCAGCCGUGAGUCAGCAGAGCAAGCUUUAAAGGUCUUCAAAGGCAACAUCCACUUGGCUUCCCAAACCCUUGCUCAUUAUGGGGGAGUUCUUCCUGCUUCGCUGCAGCUGUCUCCAGAAGGGUCCAGCCCAUCGGAAGAAUCGGCUUCAUCAAAAGACUCACCUACGGAGUCCGCAGGUUCUUCUAGUUCACCAACAGAUGAAGACAUGGAGACUGAUGCAGUCAAUGAAAUCCUAGAGGAUAUUCCUGAACAUGAAGAGGAUUAUCUGGAUUUAACACUGGAGGAAGAGGAACAGAUCAUUCAUGAAUACUUAUCCUAUAUACAAGUACCACAGCAUUAAAUCCCAUUACAUCUACUUCAGUUAUAUGUCCUUACCUUGACAAAUUGAGUUUGGAUUAUAAACGCACCUUCAGCUUCUCUCUUACUAAAUGCCUUGAUAAACUAUAGGUGGAACACUUAAUUCCUGCUUAUUUAUAAAUCUGCUUAAAGCCUACAUUUGUGAUACAUUGUAAUUUAUUGUCAUAGCAGAAAAAUAGAAACAUUUAUUUUCAGAAGAAAAUUUAAUAGAACUAAACUAUAUUUUUAUUGUGAAAUAAGUUAAUUCAUUUAGUAUUCAAGUAAAGAAGCAUUUCUAUACCAUUUUAGAAUACCAGCUUUAAAAAAAAGUGAGUUUGUAAGUCAGAAACCUAGCUCACUAGGUUAUAGAGGUAUCACCUUACAAACCCUUCUCCUUUUCUUCUGAAAUAUUUCUGAGACAUCUGUGUAUCCGUUGUGCAUGGAUUUAUACCGUGUUCUGCUUGUCCCUUCAUGCAGGUGUUACACAGGCAAUAAAGGUAACUGUGUGCCGCUUCUCCUCUUA